AUGAUUGCGUAUCGGUCGUCCCACACAGCCGGCCAGACGAGUGCUGGUCGUUGCGUCCGUUUGGGUGGAGCCAACGCCAUGUUGUUGCUGAGCGGUGCCACGCUGGUGAAUGCGGUUGCCAACCUGCUUUGUCCGACAGUUUGGUCCGGCAGUUACGCAAGAAUGUUGGUGUUUGCGCUCAUUUUCGGCGGCCUCAUGUCUCCGGUGUACACGCUGAAUCCUCAUUGUCUGCUCGAGCUUCUGCCCCGCAACCGCUUGGCAGACGGUCUUGGCUUCUUCCUCUUCUUCACCUCGGCCUCCUACUUCCUGGCCACACCCAUUUCCAGUUAG